AACGAGAAGCUGCAGUGAAGCUUCGCUGCUGCAGAAGCGACUUGUUUUGUGGAGUUUGCUGCGAAUUCUUCACACUUUCCUCCCUGCAGAGGACAAACUGUUCAGGGAUCAGUGCAGACAUUGUCAGCUGAUCUCUGCAGGAGGAUUAUUCGGAGGGAGCCUCUGUGUAGUUGGGGACCUGGCGUGUGCGUGUGUGUUGACGGCUGUUGUUGCUGAUGCAGAAGUCAGGAGGGAUCUGGUGAAUCCGUCCUCUCCUCCUCGCUGAUCUCACUUCCAUGAUUGAUUCGCAGGAUCGAGCCCAGCACUGACGCCACGACCGCCCAGCAUCUCACCUCAGCCCUGCCAUCAUCACCGCCGUGCAAGAAUGUUGAUGAAGGAGUACCGCAUCUGCAUGCCCCUCACAGUGGAGGAGUACCGGAUCGGCCAGCUGUAUAUGAUCAGCAAACACAGUCAUGAACAGAGUGAACGUGGAGAGGGGGUGGAGGUGGUGCAGAACGAGCCGUAUGAGGACCCCGAGCACGGAUCAGGCCAGUUCACUGAGAAACGAAUCUACCUCAACAACAAGCUGCCCAGUUGGGCCAGAGCAGUCGUCCCUAAAAUCUUCUAUGUCACAGAGAAGGCUUGGAACUAUUAUCCUUACACCAUAACAGAGUACACGUGCUCCUUCCUGCCUAAGUUUUCCAUCCACAUAGAAACCAAAUACGAGGACAACAAAGGCAGCAAUGAUAAUAUUUUUUGCAGUGAGCCCAGAGAAGAGGAGACGGAGGUGUGUUCCGUGGACAUUGCCUACGAUGAGAUCCCUGAGCGCCACUACAAGGAGUCAGAGGACCUGCGCUAUUUCAAAUCAAAGAAUACAAACCGCGGCCUCCUGCAGGAAGGAUGGAUCGACACGCAGGACCCCAUCAUGUGCUCCUACAAACUGGUCACAGUGAAGUUUGAGGUCUGGGGCCUUCAAACGCGUGUGGAGCAGUUUGUACACAAGGUGAUUCGAGAUGUCCUGCUGUUAGGACAUAGGCAGGCGUUUGCCUGGGUGGAUGAGUGGAUCAACAUGACCAUGGAGGAAGUGAGAGAGUAUGAGCGCGCCACACAGGAGGCCACCAACCUCAAGAUCGGCUCCUUCCCCCCUGCCAUCUCCAUAUCUGAGACCCCCCUGCCGUCCAGCACCCGCAGCGGCCCUAACAGCGCCCCGUCCACUCCCCUCUCCACCGAAGCCCCCGAGUUCCUGUCGCUGCCAAAGGACCGUCCCAGGAAGAAGUCCGCUCCAGAGACCCUCACGCUGCCUGAUCCAGGGCGCAGGGAUUCAAUCUUCAAACUGCCCAGCUUUUUCUCCUGGAACUCCAGUCCGCAGCCAGAAUGAGAGCAGGGCUGUGGCAGCGGUGAACUCUAACACCCUUGACCUGUGGAUCAGUGGAGGAUGCCUGCCCAGCACAUCCCACAGCAACCCCCCCGCAGCCAGCUGACGUGAAGGAUAACUUUUCACUGUCCUGGUGUUACAGCAAAGCCAACAGCUCUUAGGCUGCACAGGUACAGACAGGCUGCCUGAUCACUACAGCAAAAAGGCCUGCGAGGUCUAAAGGUAUAGUGCGUCCUAUUGAGAGUCAAAGCAGCUGGGAGGCUCCUCAUUCUUCCCCCCUUCUCCUCAGAAAACAGCCAGCGCUAUGAAUCAGACAGUGUGGAGUUCAAUUAGUCAGAUCGAGUGUAGCGCAGAUUCCUGAAAACGUUUUAAUCCCACGGGAACACACGAGAUACGUCGAGAUUCGGUCACUGUACAUAAACUUCACAUAUUUGGAUUCGAGUCUCCGGCCCCGUUCACUGGAGCGUGUGGUUUGACAUCUGUUUAUGUGGUGGGGACGUUUUUUUGGCCACUGUAUCAGUUGAGUGUUAGGAUUUCCACAGUCAGGCGUGAGGUGGUUGUGUGUUCUUGUGUAUAUAGAAAACAGUACGAACAAUAAAUAACCAGUAAAAUGUCAGUGCUUCAUAUUUAGUGAUGCUGCUAUGAAAUGUGUAUUUUAAAGGACAGGACUAUCAUCUGAAGUCUCUCUUCCUCUGCAAGUGUUUAUUUAUUACAGUGAGUUCUGUCAGCCAGUGUCCGUAAACGACGUUCUGUAUGUUAUUGCAUGAUUUUACAGCAAAAGCUGCUUUUUAAAUAUUUGUGGAAGUGUUUUGUUUUCUCGGCCUCAUACUUGAUGUUGUGUUUUAACUGAGUUCUCAGACUGGUUCAUGUAGUUUGUAUGUUGUUUUACUGUUUUAUUCAUUUUGAGUCAUACUGUUGAUGGAUUUUGUAUUCAGUAAAUUGAAUUAAAUUAAAUACUGGUGUAUCUAUGCGUGUGUAAGAGAUCUUUGUUGCUACUGUUUAUAUGAAUGGAAUUAAGAAGAAGAGUAAUAA